AUGUGUGUUCUCACCAGGGGCGAAACUAGCCCCUUUUAAUUAGGGGGGGAUGUCUGCUAGAAUUGCCUUGCAAAAGCCGAUGAUGCCCUGCAGCAAAAAUUUUUUUGGUUACUAUUUCUCCCAAAAAUGUUGGCGAGGGGGAUGUCGAAAAAAAUUUUUCCGGACCUUCAAAAAAGUGGCGAAAACAUUUUCCCGGACAUAAACCAAUUAAAUUAAGGGUAAAAAAAGUUUUUCGGACAAAUUCCUGUUAAAACAUGCAUGAAACCCUUAUUUUUUGACCAAUAUCUGUAAAAUUUAGGUCUAUAAAUUCUAUUCAAUUCCCUCUGGAAGCCCUGGAAUCUACUUAAUAACUCAACAUUCUAUCAUUUAAAAUCUUUCAUUGCCCUGCCAAUCCAGAUGAUUUGCCCUGCCAAUCCCCCCUCAAGUUUUGCCCCUGGUUCUCACCCUUAAUUUGUCACUUCCACUGCAACACAAUCUUGUGGAUGACAUCCUUAACAUAGCAUACAAUUUGAUAAACAAAAGAAGUAUGCUGCGGAAUUAAUAUCAAAACUGGAUGGAGCGCAAAGGUAACAGUUUUGGAAGAUCACUAAUUCAGGAAAAUUUUGGUCUUAACAGAUUGAUACUAAGGUUUUUGGGGGUGUGCACCCCAAAAUUCUGAAUUUUAGGAGUGCUGACGUUAUCAAGCUGCAGCUGAAGAAAUCUUUGGAACUUGUAGAACCACUUCAGAAAGUAAGUUAUACACUUACUUCUACAGAGUCUAGAUGUUUUGAUGAGUAAUUAAAUUCUACCAAAAUGUAUGUUCUAGAAAUGUAAUGAGUUGGAACGGGAGAAAGUUCUUCAAUGUGGUGAGAUUCAAGCUCUACAAGACAGAUUGAGAGGAUCAGAGGUAAGUUCUGUACACUAACUAGAGGUGCUCUUGAAUUGGGAACUGCAUACUCACAGUAUGCAUAGGUUGGCUUGAUGGACAACAUGUUUUCUAGUCAUAAUUUGUUUUGUUUUUAGAAUUUAGUUGGUCAACUGCAAAGUGUUAUCAAAGAAAAUGAAGUAUCAGCAAAUUCACUGAGAAUAAAUGCAUCAUUCCACACUGGGGAAUUGGAAGAUUAUAAAAAAAGGUAACCAAUUAUUAUUGCCAAGAAAUAUAUAACAUAAUACUCAGAGUUUUGAAAAUAGCCUUUCUUAAAAUACUAACAGUAUUAUGUUUGGUUAGCCAAAAGAAGAAAGAAGCUCAAAUAAGCAAACUGAGUGAACAAGUAUUGACAGAGAAAAGUAAGACAAUUUUUUGUGGUUACCAAGUACGUUAUACAGUAUAUCGUUUAUGCUUUGAUAAUUGUUUUCCCAGCCAAUUUUGAACCUUAGAUCUAAUGUUAUUUGACUAUCACUGCAUAACAAGCUUGGUAUGAUGUGAUUUUUUAGAGGCAAACAAAGCACUGAACAAGAAGCUAACUAAAUCACAAAAUCAAGUCAAGACCUUGCUUGAUGAAACUGAGGAAUCAAAGGUGUAGUGUUUAUGUCAACUCAAUUGGGAAUGAAUGGAACUAUAUAAGGCUAAUUUAUUAAUAAACUAGCUUUUCCAUAUCCUCUUUCUUGUAGAAGUUGAUUGCCACACUUCAACAGGAACAGAAUACAGGUAUAAAAGUUGCACAUUUGCCGGCUAAAACUGUUGUAUCCAACCUGUUUACAACUUGAAUUGCACACAACUCACCUACGUACUGUACAACAAUGUAGGGGAGUUGUGUGCUUGAUUUAUACGGUACAAUUCAAGUUGUAAACAGGUUGACUAUACGACAGUUUAAGGCAAAAGUUGUAGUACAUUAAUUAAUAUGAUUCUUUGUCCGUAUGCAUAGGAAUGUUAAAACGUGUCUUAGUUGGUUCUAAAAUUUACUUUCACCAUUCCUGUAAUUUCUUCUAAGGACAAAAUGAUGAUUGUGAGCAACAGAGAAAUACUUCGUUAGAAAAACAGAUCAUGACAUUGAAGACUGAAGCACAAAAUUACAAGGUGGGUUUUUACCAGCAUAAAUAAUGUUGACUUUGGAAAAAUAUAUAUAUAUAUAUAUAUAUAUAUAUAUAGACAUUUGAACUCUUUCCUCUGUAGGGAAUAAUUAGAGAAUUAAAAGAAGAAGUAUGCAAAGGUAUUUAAUUUAAAACCUGAAUUUAAAACCUGAAUUUAAACCUUAAACUAACGUAAUCAUAAUUUUUUCCAGCCAAGCAACAAAAUACAGAUGGGAAGGUACCGAUUUUGAAAACAUUUUUGUUAAUAGUUAAUAUGUUGUUAUGAUCUCCCCGUCGUUCUAACAUUAACAUGAUCAACUUUUCUUUCAGUUUCCUGCGGAGAACAAAAUUAAAUCGCCAACUACGCCAAGGAGGUCACCAAGAAAACGGUUAGGAGUUUUUAUCAUUUCUUUUAACUUGGCUGAGUUUGACUUUGAUGUCAUCAUCUAUACAUGUACUUUAUCUUUUUGAAUGUAGGAAGAGUGUAACUCCCAAACAAGAAAAAGAAACCUCCGCAAUACUCGAACAAAAAAGACCGCUUACUCGUCUACAACAAAAGAAUUUGAUUGAAGAGAUUGAAAAGAAAUCUUCACAAUUAAAAUCAUCAGAAAGUAGUUCCCCCAGUCGACAAGAAAGUCUGACAUCAGAAUCAGAAAACGAUGCAGAUGAAAUGGGGACAUUACUUGAUAAAAUUAAUGAGAUGCUUGAUAUGCCUUGUUGUCCUUCUCUAUCCCCUCUCCCACCAUCACCGUUUCUGGAUGGUAGCAGUGUUGGUGCUUUUGGAAAUAAUGAUCCUGAUUAUACCUGUGAUGAUGGCGGCAAUGAUGAUAAUGCUAUCGAUGAUGGUAAUCAAAAUUAUAUUGGUAAUACAGAUUACCCUGUUAAUAUUCAUGACAAAAGUAAUGGUAAUGAUAAUAUCAAUAAAGAUAACUUAGAUGAUGUUGAUAAUUUGAAUAAAGAUGAUCACUAUAAUAUUCUGCAAAAUGAAAAUUUGGAGGAGUCUCGAGGUAAAAAGAGGGAGCUAGGAGAGUCGACUACUCCAGAGUGUUGUGACACAUUCAUGACUUUAAGGUCUAGAAAGAGGCUAAAGAAUGCAAACUCAGACUCAGAUUCUGGGCCGUUUUCAAAAGAUGAAAAUGAGGUGAGACCUCAUACCUUAAAGAGAACGAAGAGUGUAGAGCAAGAAUUAAACACACCUGUAGUGAAUUGUUCUGUAACGAGGAGUAAAAGUGUUGAAAAGACAACUGAGGGUGUUCUGGAGGUGAAACCACGAAGACGAAGAAGAAAGCGAAGACUUUCGAGCAAUGAUGAAGCUGAGGAACAAUCUUUUGAAAGUUCAGAUACGUCAACUGUAGAAACCAAUGUCAAGACAAGCAAGCAGUCCUCAGAUAGUUCCACUGCAGAAAAUGUUGAAAAUCCAAGCAAACAGUCCUCAGAUCUUUCCAUCUGCAGAAAAUAAUGUUGUUGACACAAGCAAACAUUCUGAAGGUAGUUCGGAAGGAGAAAGUAAGGAGCAGUCGGAUGAUACACUUCAGAAAAUUCCGAGAAGACCUCGGACUAGAUCUAUGGAUAAGUUAGUUAAGCAAGACGUGGUCGAUGAAGAGGUUUCCAGUAAAGAUGAAACAUCUAGUGGAGCUAAGUUUCCUACAAUGAAAAAUCAAACGAACAGCGAAACGUUAUUUCAGGAUAGCGACUCAAUAAUGGAAUCACCGAAAGCGCUGCAAACUAGUUCAUUGGACGAGUUAGUGGAUCCUGAUGUGAUCUUUGAAGAAGCAGUUAGUGAAAAACCUACUGAGGCUAAAGUUCCCGCAACUGAAGACCAAAGUAACAAUGAAACAUUAACAUCAACAGAGACCCUGAUCAGGCCUCAAACCAGGUCUACGCAUGCGUUAUAUGGGCAAGUUGUGGCUACUGAAGGAACAAAUGGUAAAGAAGAAGAGAAUUCUAACGAUUUUCCUCCAACAAAGAAUGGAACUAACAUGGAAACUGUAGCUCACGAAGCAUUAGACAAUAAAUGCAGCGAGAAGAGAGUUCCAGUUUUUGAAAAAAAUUUGAGUGCUGCAGAGACGAACCACAGAGAGACUGAUGAAGUAUUGAAAUGUUUGCGAGAUAUCAUUGAUAUUGUCGCCAAUGAAAGCAGUAGGAAAAUAUCAAUGAUUGAUGCUAGUAAAGAACUUAAUGACACAGAGAGCUGCACUGAUAGUCAAGAUGGGCAAAAGGAGGUAAUGGAUUGUUUAGAUGUCGUUAAUGAUUCAGUUGUAAAGUUGGAUAAUAAUUCAUCUGCCCCGCUAGCAGAAAUUGACUGUGUUAAACCUCGUAGAAGGCAUAACGUCGUCAAGGACGAGAAUAAAAAGAGUUCUACAUCGAAAUGCGAAACGAAUGACACGAAUGAUAACCACGUCAAAUCCGGAGAAUGUGACGUGAGGAAUAUUAAUAUAGGGAGUGAAAAUGUCGCUAAUACGGAAAACUCGGAUCCGAAAGCAACGGAUAAAACAAAGCUGGACGAUCUUAAUUCUUCUGAAAGUGUAGAACCAAUGGAUAGAACAUCGAUAGGAAAGACAAGAAAACGGCCAAUGGCUGUUCAUGAGAAUGUGAAAGAGUCGUGUAACAAUAUUGAUGAUCAUAAUAAGAAAAAUAAAACAGCAAAAACAGAAGCAUUAGAUUCCGUUGAUCAUAUGAAUAAAUAUGGUACUACAGUUAGUGCUGAAAUAAAGCAGAGCAUAAAAAAUUUAAAAUCUUCUGGCAAUGAAAAUGUGGCUCAUACGCGAAAGCAUAAAACAGGCACUAUUUCUGAUUGUGUUUCCACCAGUAAUGAGAGGGAGGUUACCAGAACUGAUGAAAAUGAUCUUAGCAGGUCGUCUUUUGAUGGAAGUGAAUUUCUAAAGCUUACAAGUCAUGAUUUGGUCACCAAGAAUACUCAUGAAACACAAUAUGAAACGAGUAAUGAAGCUGUCUCUGCUUCUGAAAGUAAAGUAAACAUUGCAAGUGAAAAAUCAACCACAAAUUUUAGUAGUGAAUAUCCAACUAUCUGUCAUGGAAUAACAUCAACUACGAGCCCGCCUCGAGAUUCAUUUGAUUCUCUGGAACAAACUACUCCAUUGUCACCGAUUCCUGAUACACCAAAAAGGCGUGGUCGCUCAGAAGAGAUUCCUUGUUUCGAUUUAUUAGAUCAUCUUCCUCUCUCCCCCAUCCCCCCCUCGCCUCCUCCCCGUGCAGAUGAAGAAUGUAUCUCUACCAAUUUAACAUUUGAUGAAAAUAUUGUUCAAAAUCCUAAAGAAGCCCAUGUGGUGGAAAAGCAACAAAAAUUGAAUAGAAAUGAAUUGCCCCAUGAUUCUUUACGUCGCUAUCCGGGUGUCAACGAACCACAGUUUGCCGUUUCUAUUCUGACUAGAUUUAAGGACAAGGAAAUCACAUUGGAAGAUUUAAUUACCGCGUUUUCAGUGCAGAAAAAUGUUAAAAACCAUACCCCUAUUUGUAACGGCAUAGUAACAGUCUUAAAAUUGACACACGAUGACGAGGAGCAUGCGCUGCUGGAGAAAUGCGCUGAGCACUACGAACGUUGGUGUGAAGGCACAGGGGACCCAAUUGUUCCUGAGUUUGAACUGCAAGUGCUGAUUGCUGUGAAGAGGUUGUGCAAUAUUCAACGACAUUCAAGCUUGUUGAAAAAGUUGGUGAAAUGGUUAGGAAUGAAUUUAUGUGAAUUGUUUAACAGUGGAAAAAAUGAUGCUGGUCUCUUGGCAAUGUGGUGAGUUUGACUCAAUCUAAUUAAUACGUUCAGCACGUUCAAUAUCAACUUAAUUGUGGAGAAUUUUUGACAGUCACUGAACCUAAACACCCAAAGACUGUUGAUCUUCAGCGCGUUCAAUAUGAACUUAAUUGUGGAGAAUUUUUGACAGUCAUUGAACUUAAACAGAAACAAUAUAUACUUCUUAUAUCUUUUAUCUGUUUACAUCGAGUCGCUGUGCAGAGAUUCUCCACAAGGGUUACAAUGUAAAGUUUGUCCAUUAUUUUUUUAGUCGUUUGUACACUGGAGUGAGUCGUUUAAUGGGAGAGGGCAGUUAUAUUCGUGUGCUAUGCUAUGAUAUCCUUAAACAAAACAAGCGACAUUUAGUCGCAGAAAGAAUGAUACUGGCAAUGGCUCUUGUCUGGCCUGAAGUGCUUGGUAAAGGCAUCCAUGCCCUGACUAUUCACCCUGAAGCAGUUACUAUAUCUGGUCCACCUUAUUCCCCAUUCUUGGCUACACUACAGGUCAUGCUUAUGUCACGUGAAAUGUCAUGUGAACAGACGAGACAAUGGUUGCAACGGUUAUGUGGUUGGUGUGAUAUACCUAGGGAUAAUAAUGUAUUCGAAUGGUUGGCUAGGGACUUGGUGCGUGUACUUCGGGUUACUAAUGAUGCAACAUCUGAUGAAAGUCCAGGUAUGGUUAUUCCCAAGAUCACCAUAGCCGGAAUACGAUUUUGUCGGCCGAUCCGUAGGACUGGUUUACUCUAUCAAAGUUUCUGUGAUCACAGUAGGAAUUAUUGGGGAAAUUCUAAGUUUUGAAGGAUUUGUGAGAAAUAUUUGUGGGAACUAUCUCAUUGUUAAACACUAAGUCAGUUGCCUCAAAGAUUUCUUACAAAUCCUUCAAAACUUAGAAUUUACCAAUGCAAAGUUCCUACUGUGAUCACAGAAACUUUGAUAGUGUAUAAUCCUCAUUAAUCCUGAAUUUCUUUUCUUUUCACUAGCCUGUAGUUCAACCAUCAAGAAUGUCGCGUUUGAAAGCAUCAAGUCUUUAGAGCUUCUUGCUAUUAUUAUGGGCUGGAAAUGGACGAAUGAUAUUUUAAUUCGAGGAAUACUGUGGCCUGUUUUCAAAGAAUGGAAGAUACAAAUAUUCGAUGCAAAACAAGAAACAAUUUUAGAUAGUGAAAGUCAAAAAGCGGAGCGCGUGUUAAACACGAAAGAAAUUCCAAAUUCGUCAGAGGCUGGAACGAUAAAUACUGAUGGACUAGAAUGUCCAGCUCUAAACGCCAUGUUUGUUGAUUGUCAAUCAAACAUAACUGAUCAGGUUGAGUUAGAAUGUGUAAAUAACGAGCAAUUGGUAGAAACGUCAAACGAGACAGUGUGUCCUGUCAAUAUGAAGACAGAAUCCAACAUUGACACUCAAAUGAAAAGUGACUUCAAACAUGAUGAGAAUAUGGAUACGACCAUUGCGAAUAUUCUGCAUUUCUUGGGUAAGUUAAAUUGAAGUUCCUUACAUUGUUUUGCGUUCAUUCUCGUGUGGAUUACACACUUUCUACGAUUCUACUGUAGCUCAUUCACAGACCAAAUUUCACACCGGCAGUCGUGUGUGUUUUGUAGGAGUUUUGGGAUGUGAAAGAUUACAAAAGGGAGAGAUGAUUAACCUGGAUGCUGUCAUAAAUUUGAUGUGCGCCAUAGUCGCUAGUCCUGCUUGUGAAAAAGGUACAUGAUCAAGUUACAACAUGUUACAUGUAUAAAAUCCACAAACUCAAAAUCUCCAUCUACAUCUUUAUUUAAAAUAUCUUUAUAUUUUCCCAGUGUCAUUCAAUGUUCAGCUUGCAGCUGCGUCCGCCUUGCUCGACAUGGUCACAGCUGAUACCGUGAAAAUCACUCCAGUUCUGGAACACUGGAGUAACAGAGGUAGUAAAGGUACAUUAACAGCUAAAUUUGCGCGUCGAAUGAAAGAAGUAAGGGCACACACGUGGAGCAACAUACUGUAG